AUGCCUUUCGUAUUUACUCCUUAAAUGAUUGAACAUUUCUAAAAAUUAUGCUAGAUGUAUGGUCCUGCAAUGGCUUACUAACAAAUGAAUUUGAUAAUGAGGAACUAAUAGUUAGGCUCAUUGCAGCAGCAAAACUCAAAUACUCCAAAUGCAAAUUAAAACUUGAUGUUUGCAAAUCCAUUCCUUUUAAGUUAAAUGAGUUUUAUGCCCCAACCUAAUUUUCCAAAAUAAAAAUUAGUUGGAUCUCCUAAUAAGGCUGAUAAAAGCCAUUCAUCAAAUAAAUCUUACAAGAGCUUCAAUAAUAGCUUUAAGAACGAGAGAGUUCAGAAUUUUAACAAAAUUUAAGACUCAAUUUCUUCAUCCUAAUCAAGAUCAAGAUUGGGAUCAAAAAGAGAUAAAUUAGCAAAAGCUCUUCAAGAUCUUAGUAAAGUAAGAAAUUAUCUCAGAAGGAUUCUUAUAAAGCCAAUCAUAAACAGCACUAACCUUCAAGGUCUACAUCUUCUCAUAAGAAACCCAAAUUAUCUUGAUAAUCACCUUUGGACUAAUAUGAAAGAUGCCGAAGAGAUCAAGUUAACCUAUUAGGAAUAUCUUUAGAAAAUGAAAGAUAAAUAAAAGAUGAAGGACUCAGAUAAAAAGAAUAAAAAAAGUUACUAAAAACCAAUUUAAUAAGAGCAAAAAGUAAAUGAAUGCAAACAAAAUAGUAAACCAGACAGUGGUUAAAAUGAUAUAUCUGUAACUGAUUAAUUUAAGAAAAUUAAAAAUUUCGAUAAUCCUUUCAAGUUAGUAUUUAUCGCCUUCAAUGACUAUGGAAUCAACAGAAAUUAUCAAUACUAUCACCUAGUAAGUUCCGAUAAUAGGAGAUAUCUAAGGUAUUGCAAAGCAUAUUGA